AUGGUAAACUAUUUCAACUUAUUAGAUGAAUCAGAUGAAGAAGAAACAAAUACAACUGUUAAAAAAGAUUUAACAGUAGAAACAACAGCACCAACAACAACAGCAGUUAUUGAAAAAGAAAAUAAAGUAAACAACAAAGUUGAAACUAGUACAGCAGCAACAUCCGCUUCUUCUUCAACAACAGGAGGUAUUUAUGUACCACCACUUAGAACAAGUUCAGAGGCAACAAAUAAAGCACCACCUUCACAACAUAUUGAAAUUCAAUUUGAUGUAAACAAAUUUAAUUCAGAAGAAACAUUACCAGAGAAUUGGAUUCUUUGGUACGACACAAAAAAGAAUUCCCCACAAGAAGGAGAAAAUAAUGAAUAUCUUCAAAAUGUUGAAAAAAUUGGUUCUUUUAAUUCUUUAAAGCAAUUCAAAAAUAUGUGGGAAAGUUUAAAAACACCAUUAGAUGUAAUUGGUAAUAUAAGUAUUUUCAAAGAAGGUAUUGAACCAGCUUGGGAAGAUCCAAAAAAUAAAGAUGGUGGUAAAAUUACUAUAAAUUAUCUUAAAGAUAAUGGCGACUUCAAUUUUUUAUUAAAUGCAUGGUUCACUUUAUUCACAACAAUUGUUUUUAGCACAUUCGAAAAUUAUGAACAAUCAAAUGGUAUUGUUUUAUCAAUUAGAAGUUGGGGUGCAAGUAUUCAUUUAUGGAAUAAUAGUUCAGAGAAUGAUAAAGUUCAAUCAAUUAGAGAUGUAUUCCAAAAUAUAUUAUUUGUUAAAUAUUCAAAGUUUUCACCACAUAAAACAGCACUCGAUAUGAAUAAGAAUAAAGAUCCAAAUACUAAACAAAUAAAUAAGAAUAAGAAAAGAGAUGAACAUGGAUUCACAAUUAAACCAGUCAAUACACUAUUAUCAGUACAUCCAACUUUUUCAGGUGCAUAUGAAAAGCAAUGGGUAUUACCAGAGAAUAAUAAACCAGAUAAAUCAUUAAAUAUUAUUAACACAAAUACUAAACCAAAGAAAUCUUCACCAUAUACUGUAAACACUGAAGAAAGAAAAGAAUCACCUGAUAUAAUAAAUGAUUCAAAUAAUAUAAUAAAUAAUAACAAUAAUAAUAAUAAUAACAAUAGCAACAAUAAUGAAAAUAAUAAUAAUUCAGAUAAUAUAGAAAAUGAACAAUCUGAACCAAUUCCUGAAAUUCCAUCUGGUGUUAAUGCAUGGUCAACUGGUAUUUUAUUAGGUCAACCAAAAGUUGAAGAAUCUCAAAAACAACUCGAUGAACAACCAUUAGUUGUAAAAGAAGACGAAAAAGAAAAUGAAAAAGAAAAAGAAAAAGAAAAAGAAAAAGAAAAAGAAAAAGAAAAAGAAAAAGAAAAAAUUAUUGAAAAGAAAGAAUCAAAAUCAGCUUAUUCAAAUGCAUGGGGUAAUAGUAAAAUUGAACAACCAACAACCACACCAUCCAAUAAUAAUAAUAAUAAUACCACUAAAUCAUCAAAUACACCAACUCCAAUGAUUAAUACAAAUAUUGAAAUUCCAACUGGCGCAAAUGCAUGGGCAACUGGUAAAUUAUUAGUUAAACAAGAGGUUGUUGAAGAUAAACAAUCAUUAAAUAAUGUUGAUGGUGCUGCUGUAGCUGCUUCCACCACCACUAUUACUCCUCCACCAGUCGUCACAACUGAAAAUAAAGAAAAGAAAGGAAAAACAGAAAAGAAAGAAAAAGAAAAUAAAGCACCAACUGUAGUAAUCACAGAAAAGAAAGAUUCUUCUCAAUCACAAGAAAAACCAAUUAAGAGAGUAAGUUCAAAAGAAGUUUUACAAGAAAAACCAAUAAAAAGAGUAAAUUCAAAAGAAGUAUUACAAUCACAACCAACUGAAUCAUUCUGGGAAGAACCAACACCAAUUACUGUUGUUCAACAAACUCAAGUACCAACUAAAGUACCAAAGAAAACUAUUGAACCAACCCCAACUCCAACACCAACUCCAACCCCAACUCCAACCCCAACUCCAACUCAAACAACAGCUUCAACCUCAACACCAACUCAAGUUGAUACCUUUUCUAAAGUUGUAAAGAAAGAUAAAUCAUACAAACAAACCAAAACAACAGUUUCAUCAUGGGGUAGUCCAACUAGUAUCGCUGAUUUAAUCGCUUCUCAACCUGAACCAACAACAGUUAUUGUUGCUCCAGUUGCAACUGAAGUUACAAUUCCAACUCCAACUGCUGCACCUAUCUCCACCAACACAGCAACUACUGUCACCACCACCACUACUACCACCUCCCCUACCAAUACAACAGCCAUUACCCCUACUGCCACUGUUGUAGCAACAGUUGAAAGUGAAGUUAAAUCUGGUGUAUUAUCAAUUAAAGAGAAUAAAAAAGUAGAAACUAUAUCAAGCGUAAAUGUCCAAACAAAAGUUGAAAAAGAUGAAUGGAUUUCAAUUGAAAAGAAACCAAAGACAGCUAAACAAUUAGUUGAUAAGAAAGAAAAAGAUGAAACAUCACCAUCACUCCUAAACAAAGGUCCAAAAGAUAAUUUAUUAAUUAGAAAUUUAUUAGUUGAAGAACCAUUAGAUUACCCAUCACCAAUAAAACCAUCACAACCAAUUAAAAAUAUUACUAAAGAAGUUAAAAAAGAUAUUCAACCAAAAGAAAAUAAAAAAGAAAAUCAAUUAAAAGAAAAUAAAAAAGAAAAUAAUAAUAAUAACAACAAUAAUAACACUAAUAAUAUAUCAAAAGAAAAUAAUACUAAGAAGGUUUCAAAAUCAUCUACUUCAAAUACAUUAAAAAAUAAUAAUGAUAAUAUAGUCAAUUCAACAAAUAAACAAACCAACAAAUCAACCACCACCACAUCCGAAAAAGAUCUUUCUAUAAUCUCAUCAUCUUUAAUAAUGAAUUUAGUUGCUGUAGUUUCAGUUUUAGUUUUAGGUUUUAUUCUUAAAUAUUUAUUUGUUUAA